AUGCCACCCUCUCUCCCCCCUCAACUCCUCCAAUCCCUCCGCCUCCUCAUCCGCGCAAACCACAUCCUCCACCACCACAACCUCGUCGACGCAUUCGGCCACAUAUCCAUCCGCCACCCCUUCGCCCCAGACCAAUACAUUCUCGCCGCGUACGACCCCGGCGCUCCAGCCCUAGUAAAAUCCCGCGACGACUUCAUUGCAUACCGCAUCUCGGAUUCAUCGCCCGUCGACGACGACGCACCCCAAGGCUACAGCGAGCGCUUCAUCCACGGCGAAGUGCUGAAGCGAUUCCCAAACGCAAAGUGCGUCGUGCACAGCCACUCAGACGUCGUGGUGCCGUUCACGCUGGCGAAGACGGCCGUCAGACCCGUCGUACAUAUGGCGGGCUUCUUGGGCGCGGAGCCAGUCCCCGUCUUUAAAGUCCCCGCAGAGCACGAUCUCACACACGACAUACUGAUCAAAACCCGCCGUCUCGGGCAGGCGCUCGCCAGUAUGCUGACUACUGACCAGCCUGUUGUCCUGCAGCAUCAGCAUGGGUUCACGACCUUCGGGGAUAGCGUUGAGCAGGCUGUUUACCGCGCGGUCUACACGCAGACGAAUUGCCGACUGCUGGCGCAGGCGUUGGUGUUUGCGGGCGGAGAUCCAAAGGCGGUGGAUUACUUGACGCCGGAACAGGCGCGUGCGUGUGCGCGUAUGAAUGAGAAGUGUCAGGAUAAGUCGUGGAGGCUAUGGAUUAGGGAAGUGCAGGUCUUGCGGUUGUAUGCAAACGAGGAGGGAGAGCCAGAUGGAGCGGCAGUUGGGGGGAUGCGAGUGUAA